AUGGUACUGCAAGAUGCGUGGCUGUUCAUGAACUCGUCAAUGUCUGAAGGUCUCCCGCUUGCGAUUGGUGGAGCAGCCUUGACCGGAGUUCCAAUAGUUGCCACAGAGGUUGGAACAACCGCAUCAGUGCUCACAGAUCCAAACAAGCCAGAAAAACAGUAUGGAGAAGUAGUACUACCUAAUGAUCCCAUGGCACUCGCACGUGCUCAACUGAGCAUGCUAAGCAUGGUCGGGCCGUGGUCCAAGUUUACCGCGGACAGCCAGGAAAAGCGACCGGUAUUGCCGGAUGAGGUUUUGCCUGAGCACAUCGAAUGGUUGGCACGACGUUUUUACGACAAGGCAAACGAUCGUCGUAAACUAGGAUUACUUUCGCGUGAGGGGGUCUUGCAGAGUUUUCAUGCGAGUCGUUAUCUCAGGAAACAUGAGCAAAUGUAUUGGAUUCAAUGGUAUAUGUCCAACAUGAGGAAGUAA